UUGGUUGGUGUGUGCUAGAGGCUGUUUACGAUAUUCCAGUGUGCCAGAAGACCAAGACUAACCAAAGCGAAGAUCAAGCAGGAGACGAAGAGUGUUUUGAAAACAUGGUUUUUGACUUGAAAAGAAAAAGAAGGAGUGAAGUUCAGUGCCAACAGAAAUGAUGAGUGAAUCAGGAAUAUAAUCACUCCUUGUUCUUGGAAACCAUCAUUUGUUGAAGAUCAUUCUCCUGACAAUGGAUGGCCAAUCACCUUCAUUGGCACUCUCGGCUGCCAUGUCGGACAAUGCCAACAAAACCCUCUUUCUGGAGAAGGUCCGGGAUUCGAAUCACGCCUGCCAAGCGGGAGAUUUCAAGCUGGCAGUUCGAUUGUACACGGAGGCAAUCGCAUUGGAUCCUGGCAAUCACAUCCUCCACUCCAAUCGAUCCGCUGCUUACAUCAAAAUGGGACAAUUCCCGAAAGCCUUGCAGGACGCCAUUCGGGCGCGAGAUCUGAACCCUGAGUGGCCCAAGGCCUAUUAUCGCCAAGGUGUGGCUCUGCAAUGCUUGGGCAAGCACUCGGAUGCCCUGGCCGCAUUCGCUAAUGGACUGGCUCAGGAUCCCAAAUCGUUGCAGCUCCUGGCUGGACUCAUUGAGGCGGCCAUGAAAUCACCACUCAAAGGAACCUUGGAGCCCACAUAUCGGCAACUUCAGAUGAUGAAGUUGGACAAGUCGCCUUUUGUCAUCAUAUCUGUGAUUGGCCAAGAGCUUCUGGCCCAAGGAAGGUACUCCAGUGCGGUCGAGGUGUUGGAAAGUGCCCUUAAAAUUGGGACCUGCAGCUUGAAGCUCCGAGGAUCCGUGUUUUCCGCUCUGUCCUCGGCCUAUUGGGCUCUGAACAGCCUCGAUAAGGCCAUUGGUUACAUGCAGCAAGACCUGGUGGUGGCCAAGCAGUUGUCCGACAUUCCCGGAGAGUGUCGAGCCCACGGCAAUCUGGGAUCGGCCUACUUCAGCAAGGGCAACUACAAGGAAGCGCUCACCUCGCAUCGAUAUCAAUUAGUGCUUGCCAUGAAAUGCAAAGACUCGCAUGCGGCAUCCACCGCCCUCACCAGUCUUGGGCACGUCUACACGGCCACGGGAGAUUAUGCAAAUGCCCUGGCCUCCCAUAAACAAUGCGUGGAGCUCGUGCAACAAUUAAACGAUAGGGUGCAAGAGGCGCGCGAGACUGGCAACGUGGGUGCCGUCUAUCUGGCCAUGGGAGAUUUCGACAAGUCGGUGGAGUGUCACAGGAAGCAUUUGGAAAUUGCCAAGUCACUGGCCAAUAAGGUGGAGGAGGCCAGAGCCUACAGCAACCUGGGAUCAGCCUAUCAUUACAAGCGAAGUUAUGAGCAGGCUGUGAUGUUUCAUAAUCAGGUGUUACACUUAGCCCAAGAGCUCAAGGACAAAGCCAUCGAAGCCCGAGCCUAUGCCGGACUCGGACACGCAGCCCGUUGCAUGGGACAGCACCUCCAAGCCAAAGUCUGGCACGAAAAGCAGUUGGACAUGGCUUUGGUCACCAAAGACAAGGUGGCGGAAGGCCGGGCUUGCUCCAAUUUGGGCAUCGUCUACCAAUUAUGUGGAGACCAUGACGCGGCACUCAAGCUCCAUCAGGCCCACUUAAACAUUGCCCGAGUGUUGCACGACCGUGCAGGAAUGGGUCGUGCCUUUGGCAACAUCGGGAACGCCUACUCGGCCAGUGGCUUCUACGAGCAGGCCAUCAAGUACCACAAACAAGAGCUCACCAUAUCCAAGGAGGUGUGUGAUCGAAAUUCAGAGGCAUCAACCCAUGGCAAUCUGGCCGUCGCCUACCAGGCCCUCUCCAUGCAUGAGAUGGCUCUUGUGCACUAUCAUAGUCAUUUGAAUAUUGCCCGCGAGCUAAAAGAUUCGGCUGGUGAGGCCCUGGCCCUGUGCAACCUGGGUAAUUGUCAUUCCUCAAGGGGCGAGUUCACGCAAGCAGUGCCCUUCUACGAGAACUAUUUGAUGCUCUCCCAAGAAUUGAACGAUGUGGAAGGCGAAGCCAAAGCUUGCCAUUUUCUCGGCUAUGCCCAUUAUUGCCUGGGGAAUUACAAAGAAGCCAUUCGUUAUUACGAUCAAGACUUGGCACUCGCUCGAGAUCAACAAGAUCGCAUGAACAUGGGCCGAGCCUAUUGCAAUUUGGGCUUAGCCCACCUGGCCAUUGGCAACUUUGAGAGUGCACUGGAAUGUCAAAAAUACUUCUUGGCCAUCGCCCAAGUCAUGAAGCACAACCAGGGCAAGUUCAGAGCAUUGGGCAAUAUGGGCGAUGUGCUGCUCAAGAUGGAAGAUCAAUUGGAAGAGGCCAUCUCCGUGUACCAAAAACAGCUCGGACUGGCCAAACAAAUCAGGGAUAAAGGCUUCGAAGCCUCGGCUUAUGGCUCCCUGGGGAUCUGCCACCGCCACGCCAAAUUGUAUGACAAGGCCCUGGGAUUUCAUACUCAGGAACUCUCUAUUCUCCAAGACAUUGCGGAUAUGCGAGGGGAGUGCAAGGCCCACGGGAACCUGGGGGCCGUGCAUCUCUCUUUGGGUAACUACAUCAAUGCCAUGAAAUGCUACCAGGAACAACUCGAGCGGGCCCAGGACAUCAAAGACUCGGCCAUGGAGGCGCAAUCGCAGGGCAAUCUGGGCCUGACCAAGAUCAACUUGGGGCGACACGAAGAGGCUAUUGGGUGCUUCGAGCAACAAUUAGCGGCUCUUGAGCAAGUCAUAUCGCCCUCGUCGCCACCGAGCUUUCUCCUGGAAAAGGGCCGGGCCUAUGGUAAUUUGGGCUCAUGCUACGAGGCCUUGGCUGACUAUGAGGAAUCCAUCAAGUGCCAUGAACACCAUCUCGACAUCAGUCUGAAGCUGAAAGCCAUCAAAGACCAGGACCGAGCCUACCGUGAACUCGGUCUGGCCCAUAAGAACUUGGGGAACCUUCAACAGGCUCUGGUUUGCUUCGAAAAGCGUCUCGUUGUUGCCCACGAUUUGUCCAAAAUCAAUGCUAAAGGCACCGCCUACGGAGAUCUAGGGGAGAUCCACGCCCUCUUGGGUAACUUUGAACAAGCAUUGUCUUGUCUGGAUCAUCAGCUCAACUCAGCUCGGUCGUCCAAUGACCGUCUAUCAGAAGCUGAAUCGGCAUCUGGAUUGGGGAUGGUUCAUCAGAAAAUGUUUCAAUGGAACUCGGCAUUGCAAUAUCACCAACUGGAUCUGGAUAUCUCCCAAGCCAACGACCACAAGGACGGUCAACUCAGGGCCAUGGCCAAUAUAGGCGCCACUUACGAGGGCAUGGAAGACAUGGAUAAGGCCCUGAUUGCUCAUGAGAAUUAUCUGGACUUGGCUCUACAAACCAAUGACAUCACGGCCCAAACAAGAUCAUUAGGGGGUCUAGGUCGUCUUCAACAUCGUCUGGGUAAUCUGGAAGAAGCCAUCGCUUAUCUUGGUCGGGGUCUAAAUUUGGCUGAACAAUCCAAUAGAAGAGAGGACGAAGCUCGCAUUCGACAUCGUUUGGGGGUCAUUCACUGGCAGAUCAGAAACUUGGACCAUUCCUAUGAGCAUUUGGAGAGGGCCGCUUUACUUUUUGAGACCUUCCGUCGAGAAGCCAAAGGGACUUCUGACUACAAGUUGUCGCUCUUUGACCUUCAGACCGAAUGCUACCACAUUCUUCAACGGGUAUUAGUGCACUUGGGGCGAGAAAAUGAGGCUCUUGUAGUGGCGGAGAGAGCUCGAACGAGAGCAUUCGUGGAUCUACUUUUGGAGCGCCAAAGUUCCCCGGGGUCAAAUGCCACCUCUCGUUUGAGUCGCCUGGACGAGAGCACACCUUCAUCAGUCAAUGAAAUUGUCAGUCUGGUCAAUCGACAAAACGCCUCGGUUCUAUACUACAGUUUGGCCGCCGGUUAUCUCUUCGUAUGGUUGAUCAUCCCUACCAAAGGCAUCGUCAAAUUCCAUCAAGUAUGUGUGAGCCCCGAGGAAGGAGAGGAGAAUGACGCGUCAAAAGGUGCCAUGCUGGAGGAGAACAUCCAUAGCAUCAGAGAGGCGUUAGGCAUUCAGAAUUCCAACAUGACUUACUCGGGCUCUCGAGGAGAUGACGAGAACGAAAAUGGAGGGGGCGUGGAUGACUUGUGGUCCUCCCAUCUGGAUGCCUUGGGCGACAAGCUGAACCAGGAGAGUGAUAGAUCCGGAUUCUUGAGGAUGGUGAAUCGGAGCUCGAGACUGAAUGCAUCCUCGUAUUCGUUGAGCUCGUUAUUCAGUGUGGGCAGCGUGGGGGCGGGGAGUACCAUGAGUGGCUUGACCGCCAGUUCCCGACACAGCACUCGCUCUCGACGUGGAUGGCAAGGACCUUCGUGCUUGAAGAAACUCUACAAGGUUCUCAUUGAGCCCAUGGAAGACGAGCUACCCGAGAACUACCCCUGUGAGCUGAUGCUCGUGCUGGAAGGAGAUCUAUAUCUCGUGCCUUUCGCCAUGUUGAAAGGCCCCACGUCCACCGAGUGCUUGUGCGAGCGUUUCAGUUUGAUCACGUCACCUUCACUCACCUCGAUCAAAACAUCUCGCUCCAAGAAUAGCAAGAAUUCUGAUCAAGCCUCGGCCAUUGUGGUGGGAAAUCCCAAGAUCCCAAGCACGAUCAGUGAUCAAUGGGGAUGGGGUGAUAUUCCCUCUUCAGGGCAGGAGGCCUCUAUUGUGGCCGAAAUCAUGCAAAGUGGAGCACUGACAGCUGAGAAGGCAACAAAGGAGGCUAUUCUCAGCCAAAUAUCCCAAGCUGAGUGCAUCCAUUUCUCCUGUCAUGUGUCAUGGAAGCUCUCCGCUUUAGUGCUCUGUCCAGGAGAAUUCGUUGAAUCAAAAUCGUCAUUAAGUGGGACCUCUCCGACAGGAGGCGUGGCCAACAAGCGUUAUUCCAUCCAUUCGGAUACCAUUCAUGAGGAAGAAGACGUUCGAUCAGAGGUGGCUUCUUCCACUUUAGACAUGCCUUCUUUGUCUGAAUUCUUGCUCACGGCUGCCGACAUCCUCAACCUCAAACUCAAUGCCAAGCUUGUCGUUAUUUCCAGUUGCUACACGAAAGACGAACACGGGCAAAUCACUUCAGACGGACUUAUCGCCUUGACCAGAGCCUUUUUGGCAGCUGGAGCGCAAACCGUGAUGGUCUCUCUCUGGCCGGUGCCCAGCACUGCCGUCAAACUCAUCAUGAAAGCCUUCUAUUCAUCCAUGCUCCAGGGUUCACGGGUGAGCAAAGCCUUGGCAGAAGCAAUGACUACCGUCCAAAACACGAAGCAACUUCAAAACCCCACCAAUUGGGCCGGGUUCACCAUCAUUGGAGUGGACGUGAAGCUGACCAACAAGGUCGCUCUCAUGGGACAAGCCUUGAGGGAGAUCCUUCACACCCCCGAGAGUUGCCGAGAUGCGUUGAGGGUCACUUUGCACUUGGUCGAAAAGAGCCUGCAGAGACUCAACCGGGGAUACAAGAACGCCAUGUACACGUCGCAAAAAAGCAUAGAGAACAAGGUCGGAUCUGUGGACGGUUGGAAGGAUCUGCUCAUCUCGGUUGGAUUUCGAUUUGAGCCCGAGGCCAACAACAUUCCCGCGUCGGUGUUCUUCCCUCAAAGUGACCCAGGUGAAAGAUUGGCACAAUGCAGUGCGAGCCUUCAAGCCAUCUUAGGGCUCUCCCAAACCUCGUGGGUGGCCCUGUCAAAACUCUUGGCCAGUCAAGAGGAGGCGGAUGAGAUAAUUGCCCUCUUUAGAACUGUCUCUGUCAACAUGCAUGCUGAUGAAGCAGGUGUACAAGUACCCGUCAAUGUGAAGCUCUGGCAAUUGCAGGGUUGUCAUGAAUUGCUAGCAUCCUUGGGAUUUGACCUCAUGGAAGUGGGCAAGGACGAUGUUAUUCUAAAAACCGGCAAAACCGCCAACAAGAGGCAAAUCCAGUUUGCCCUGCAAGCUCUGGUGGCGCUCUUCGACACUCAGGAUGCUCCCAGAUCCGUGGAAAUGGAUGAAAGCUCGAAUUCGUCCCUGGCAGAAGAGGAUCCUGAAUCUGAGCACGAGACCGAGGACGAAUCCGUUGAUAUGAUCUCACCAGCAUCGCCGUUCCCACUUCCACGAAAGAGUGGUGUGGUCCUUGACGGAGCCUCCGGAGCAUUUUCAAGCUAUGUCAGAAGUCGCGGAGAGCCCGAUGGUCGACAAGCCGGAUUAAACGAUUCACCCCCACAUCCGGCUUUCCCUCAAACGUCUAUUCCACCUCCACCGGUCCCACCUCUACCACCGAUGGUCCUUUACCAAACUCAUAGCAAAGGCCAUGAGAGUGAUUGUAAUUUUACACCAAGUCCGGUCAAUCCGGUGCCGAAGUCUUUCCUUCGAAACUCAUAUGCCCUUGGAUCACCUCAUCAUCACAACCAUGCUGGACCAUUUGCUUAUGGGAAACGCCUAUCCAGAAACACUAUGGCGACUCCAACUGAGGACAAGGCGGAUUCUUCUAGCAGCAAUGCCAGUUCUUUGGCAGAUUGGUCCCCAGCCAAAAAUUUGGUGAAGAAACCCAAUCUACAUCCCAUCAUUCAGAGCCGCUUGGAUCAAGCUCUGCAGGAAAUGAGCAGUGUGACCAAUCCUGGCCGACCUCAGGGUAUUUAUGAAAAUCAUGAUAUGCAACAAUACAGCGUGAAGCAACCGGCUGGAAAACCACUGAUGCCCAUUCGUAGCGUGUUCACGGACGUUGGUUAUCAUGCUAAUCAAAAGAUCACGGACAAAUCGGAUCCCAAUGACAAAUUCAGUGUUCGAGCUGAGACCACUAAAACAAUCUCGAGAAAAGUGGAACGCCCUGUCCCCGCAGAUUCUCGGCUCAACCCAGGGGUCACACGAAGAAUGCCUCCAACUGGAGAAUCAGGCAGUCCUGAGAGCACUUUGAACCAAAAACGAUCCUCCAUCGCCGCUGAUACGGUUUCCUUGACUUCAAGCACAAAUACUUUCAUUGUCAAGUCAGAUGAUGGGAACUCAUCCGAUGCCAGGAUUGAUUUGAGCGAGAUCAACAUCCACGACAGUCUUCGUCGAAGCCAAUUCAGAGAUUUAAGACGAGACAAUCCUAUCUCAGAGGUUUAUCACGAAAGAAACAUUGGUCUUGACCUCGCCCCUCCCUUGGCUUCAAUCAUUAUGUCUAACAAUCUUCAAGUUGUUCAGGUUGACCAUCACUCCGACUCUGAAGGUUCCACCAAAACCUUGAACAAAAGUGGCACUUCUCCAAAUGUGGAGGAGAGCAUGAACAGCUUCGACCAACCAGCAACCAUUGAGAAGGCUCAUGCCAAUUUGAAACUUCCUCCGCCUAUGAAGAGAAGGCCACCAAUCCCGCCCAAGCCUUUAACGGACUCUAAGAUCAUGGAUCCUAGGAUAGUAAUGACUCGAGAUGAGGGUGACGGUCGCUCCAUGACUGAUUCGCAAUAUUCCGGAUAUUCCCCAAACGGACAAGCUCUCUCACCAGGGGGAGCCACUUCUGCCGACAACAAUUUAGCCUCCAAGAUUGGUUAUCUCCGAAUUCAGGACUACAUGAAUAACCAAGAAAUUGCUGUCAUUGAGGAGAAUGAAGGCGAAGGUAAUGCAGCCAUGAAGCCCAAAGACAUUGCCAACUACAUCAACACGCAGUUCAAGAUGCCGAAUCAAAAUGAAACGGCGAAUUUAGCCAUCAACCAAUCUGGUAGCUCGUUUGAUGGAAAUACCAAACACCCCCACAACCUUUGGAGCCGAGAUCCCAAUGGGGGUCUACGUUAUACGGGGUUGUUCUCAUCAGACUGUUGAUCACAUUUGUCCUUAAUGCCGAACAUGUACCUUUGAACUCAAAGCUGUGAUACGCUCUCCAUUUUUAUAUCGCUACUUAUGAAUUAAAUUCCUAUCAAGA